AGUGACUCCUCCCCCGCAUGUCUGCGGCUCGCCGAGGCUUACACUUCCUCUAGUAGCGCGAAGCCGUACUGUAUAUAUAAUAUAUAUCUUUUUAACUUUAAUAAUAAUAAUCCUUUUCAUGUCUAGAUUUUGUUAAAGUCGGAGUUUUCGCCAUGUUGACCUUUUCGGAAGUCGCGGUUGUCCUGGCAGCGCUGUGCGCCACCGCGUCCGGUUACUUCGUCAGCGUUGAUGCUCACGCCGAGGAGUGUUUCUACGAGCGAGUCAACUCGGGCACCAAGAUGGGCCUCAUGUUCGAGGUGGCCGAGGGCGGCUUCCUGGACAUUGACGUGGAGAUUACAGGUCCAGACGGGAAGCAGAUCUAUAAAGGAGACAGAGAGUCCAGCGGGAAGUACUCUGUGGCUGCACACAUGGACGGCACUUACAAGUUCUGCUUCAGCAACAAGAUGUCCACCAUGACCCCCAAGAUCGUCAUGUUCACUAUCGAUAUCGGCGAGGCACCCAAGGGCGACGGCAUGGAGACAGAGGUGCACCAAAACAAGCUGGAGGAGAUGAUUAAUGAGCUGGCUGUGGCCAUGACGGCGGUCAAACACGAGCAGGAGUACAUGGAGGUCCGUGAGAGGAUACACCGAGCGAUCAACGACAACACGAACAGUCGCGUGGUGCUCUGGUCUUUCUUUGAGGCACUGGUGCUGGUGGCCAUGACCCUGGGACAGAUUUACUACCUGAAGAGGUUUUUUGAAGUGCGGCGAGUCGUUUAAUUCACAAUUUGUAACGGGUUUUUGUAUUCCAAAGUGUCUCGCCAUUCUUUGGACUUGUUUGGAGAAUAAAGACAUAUAAACUAUUGGGGGGGGUGGGUGUGGGGGGGGGAUGGGAAGAUGACCACCUCCUAGUCAAUGACUAGAAAUGGCUGGACCUGUGAAGGCUACGAAUGCACUCUGCUUUUUUCCAUUCAUGGUCCUGUUAAAGAUUACAUUUUGUAUUUUGCGUAAAGGUGCAACGAUUGAAAGUUUUUUCCGAGAACGUUGGCCUCGAUACACGAGGUCAGACUUUCACUGGCCGAUUUGGUCGGCUUCAUGUGCGCGAGAUCGAGUCAAAUGAAAAACGUUUUAACAGCGCAACAUAAUUUUAAAUGAUUUUUAGCUAGAGAAGUCCAGACGCUCGUUAAGAGCCGGGACGCGUGCGUUGAACUUACCGGAGAUGAUGUAGAACCGUUAUGAACUUUUCGCACCUAUUUGUAAUACACAAUGAUGCAAUAUUUAAAAAAAAAAAAAAAAAGUUUCAAAGCUUUCCAUAUGACUCGCCCUCAUAGUAUGUGGGUAGGGGAGGGGUAGUCAUUCAUUGGGGAAAAAAUUCAAUUGGUGCACCUUUUUAAAAUACAUUUUAAAGAUAUCCCACAAGUUAACAAAUUUGAUUUGUGGUUAAAAGCUUAUUAUUUUUUUAAAUCAGAAACAUUAUUCAUCUGUUGGGGUUUAACGUAAAUAGAUAAAUGAGAGUUGUGUUCCCUGAUUCUUAUCACAAAUGCUUCUUCGCUGUGACGCACUGCACAAAUGUGCAAAUUAGAGAGACAACAGGAGUCCAUACGUGUUGAUUUGUUUCAUGUGGUGGUGGUGGUGUCGAUGGUCAGGUAUGACUUUUAUUAAUAUUUUGUUAUGUUAAAAAUUACACCAACUGGAUACAAAUCAAGAGUUCCUUUGCCACCUCGAGUCAAUGGAGUUAGUGGGAUAUAACAAUGACUUUUUUUUUUUUGUACUUUCCCUUUUAAGUAAAGAGAUUUGGAAAUGGUUUUGGAAAAAUUUGGGAAAUGGUUUAAAGCGAUUAAAUCCCACGUUUUAAACAUCAGCCGGCUUCUUUUUUUAAAUACUGACUGGAGCUCGUUUACAGACCGUUUUGGUCGGUAAUUUGAAAUAAACUUUGACUCCUGUGUACAAAAGCAACCGUCCUCAGGGUUUGGUAUUCAGACCUAUUGGAUAAGAGGCCUCCACGUAACGCUAUGCUCCACGAUGAUCAAUAUAUAUAUUUUUUUUUGUUAAAGGAAACUCUAAGAAAGGGUUGGAGUUCUGAGCUAAUGAUUGUAUGGUUGUCAGUUCAAAUUAAAAGGUGUGACUUGUCUGUU